AUGCAGGCGAAUAGAGGGAAUGCCGAGGCCCUGGGUCGAAAGGCCAAGCUUGCUCGCUCGUACCAGGAGCUUCUUGACGAGUUUGCCAACAAGGAUCUAAGCUCUGUCGGCAACUACACCCUCGGCCGCCUGAUUGGAAAAGGCUCCUUCGGCAAAGUCUACUUGGCCACCCACAAGCUUACCAAUGGCUCCAAGGUCGUCCUCAAAUCUGCGAAUAAGGGCGAUUCGAACCUCGCCCGAGAAAUCCACCACCACCGACAAUUCGUCCAUCCUCACAUCGCCCGACUCUACGAAGUCAUAGUUACCGAAAACUUGGUCUGGCUUGUUUUGGAAUACUGCGCUGGCGAUGAACUCUACAACUAUCUCCUCGAGCAUGGCCCGCUGCCUGUUCACAAAGUCCAAAAGAUCUUUGCCCAGCUCGUUGGCGCCGUCUCCUACGUACACCAACAAUCAUGCGUCCACCGCGAUCUGAAACUCGAGAACAUCCUGUUCGAUAAACACGAGAAUGUAAAGCUGGUGGAUUUUGGCUUUACAAGAGAGUACGAGGGCAAGUCCAACCACUUGCAGACAUUUUGCGGCACAAUUUGCUAUUCGGCACCCGAGAUGCUCAAGGGCGAGAAGUACGCGGGAGAAAAAGUUGAUGUUUGGAGUCUCGGCGUCAUUUUGUACGCCUUGCUUUGCGGAGAGCUGCCCUUUGACGAUGACGACGACAACGUUACACGGACGAAAAUUCUUAGUGAGGAGCCAAAGUUCCCCGAGCACCUGCCCUUGGCUGCGAUACCUUUGAUCAAGUCGCUCCUAUCGAAACGGCCAUUGCUCAGACCCUCGCUUCCGGAAAUCCUGUCGAACCCUUUUCUUGCCGAGCAUGCUCCGGCUCAGCACGCAAUUCUCAAGCUUACGAGGCCGCCGCCAUUCGCGACCGUUUUGGAGAAGGAAACCCUGCAGCGCAUGCGUAGCGCAGGCGUCGACAUCGAUUCGGUAAUCGAGAGUGUUCUCGCUCAACGAUGCGACGCUCUGGCUGGCUGGUGGACCUUGCUUAUCGAGAAGGAGGAGCGGAAAGUGCGCAGAAGAGAGAGAAAACGUCGCGAACGAGAAGCGGAGAACAGGAGUUUGCGCCGCCUAUCCGCUGCGUCUAGCAGGCUCGACCGGAUUGCGCCUGUUCUUCAGGAAGUUGACGAGGAUGGUGGACUGACGAAUCGUUUCAUCAGACUCGAAGACGCGCCCAUUACGCCAAGAACCAGGGGCCGCUCAGAAAGGAGAAGCGCACAUUACUCUGACUUCAACGACCUGCCAGGUCUUCCAGAGCACACCAAGGAGAAUGGAAGUCCAAACACAGAGGAACCUCCGCCUCCCAUCGACAAGGACUCCAUUCGGUCUGCCAAGCGACCUGCCGAGCAGCAAAAGGUUCGAAAGAAGCCUUCUCAAGCCAUCAUUGCGCACUGGAAGAACUGGACGCACUGGUUCUUUGAGAACACUCGUAGGGGUAGACAUGCGAACAAGCGGGGUAGCCACUCCACGCCAAAUCUGGUCGAUAAGAACGGCGGUACCGGUGGCAGUAGCAAGCACUCCAAGGAUACGAGCCCGCGGCCUCAGACGAGUCGACAGCCGACUGCCGACGGCGCUGUAGCACAGGCCAAGGCCGGACUUCCUCGUGGUGUAGUAGCCAACGGUCAUGCGAAUAAGGCGCUGCCUGGACAGAGAGGGUCUGGCAACUUUAGCAGCAGCCCAGCAUCAACUAGCACUGUUACGCCUGGACACUAUCCCUCGCGUAUCACGACGUCGUACAAACGACAAUCGUUAUCCCCAUCUCCCAUGACACCUCGAUCGACUAUGCGUCGCUCCUCGGCAGGACUGCGGGGCCGCAAAUCCACGUCUUCGUCCGUUUCAUCCAUACGUUCUAUGCCCCAUCACCACCACUCUCACUCCAAAGCUUCGUCGACGAGCUCAAACGGCUCUGUAUCAACCAAGAACACACUAGGGCGCGGACAGUCACCCCAUCAUUCUUCUGUGAAGGUUCUGCCGGCCACUCCAACAUCCACAGCGUUCCCCUCCAACAUUCGUCUCGUACGAGGGCCCGGUCCUCCAGCUCCUCUUGCCCUCUUCAACGAGGGCAUGCCGUCCGCCUCAGCGGGAAUGCAAGCUCCGGGCUCGCCAAAUCCAUUCGCUCAGGGAGGUGGGAUUUUGUUUGCCAAGCGGAAGCGAAACAUCUUCAAGGGCCCCAUGUUGGCCUUUGGCGGAGCGAACGCCAGCGGCAGCACCACCAGAAGCACAAGUUCCAGUCACUCAAGAAGCGCAAGCGCAUCCGGAAUGGGGCGCAGGUCUGGCGAAGCACCAAUUCAGGAAGAGGAAGAGGGCGAGGAGGCCGAGGAAGAGGUUGAGGAAGUGGAUGCCUUCAGCCCCGUUGUCGGUGGGCCUGGGGAGCGCAUCGAAGAGCGAAUCUAUGAGGAAGGCGAGACUCCGAUCGAGAUACCUUCGCAAACUCAGGCCGGGUCAAAGUCAGCAGAUGACGUGCCCCCGAAAACGCCCAAAACGCCCAUUACUCCCAUCACUCCUCAGACGGCGAUCCCUCCGACGAUCCCGACAUGA